GAGGCUAUGACAUCUACUGGUACGAGGGGUGCUUCUACAGGCAUGGUUGGAAGUCUCUGGAUGACAAAAGUAUCUGGGAGGGGCCCGCACCUGUUUUCUAUGUCUGCGUGAAGGGGUGGACAGCUACUGGAGAUCGCGGGCCGAUCAGAGUUGAGGUGGAACCCUGGGACAAGUUCUCGGAUCUGAAGGCCAAGGUGUCGCAGGUCACCGAGUUCGAUGGGCUCAAGGAGACGUCGCACGAUAGAGUGCAGGGCGACCAUUUCGCGAGGUGCGUUAGCCGCGGCUUCGCCAACUUUGGUUCGGUCGUCGCGGCGGUCGAGUGUUUCAAGGUGUAUGGUUUCGACGGCUACUUCGCGGGCCGCAAGCUCCCGCUCUUGGCGGGCCUGGGUGCUACUCACACGCUCGACGAUCGUGAUGGAGGCCCUGGCUCGCCAGCGAGGCGCUACGCCCUGCUGGGGGACUUCGCGGGCCUGCAGCUCCCUGGAACAGGUGAGGAGCCUGGCAAGACGGGGGAAGAGGACGCGAGCACGCUUGCGGAGAAGUCCAAUGUUUUCACCCGCAGGGCGCGCGUCUGGAUGGUCUCGGUCAAGGAGAUGGUUGAGGCUCAUGGUAAGGACCCAAUUAUCCCGAUCUACGAGAUGGCCGACAAGUUCUUGUGCUACAAUCGCCUACGUCAGCCUGCGGCGCCUGCGCCCUGCACCUACGUGGCCAAGUUGGUACGAGAGUGGGCGGAGAUCGGCAGGCAUAUCUGCAAGGCCGAGGCUCUGAGGGACAAUGCGGAGGUCGCCCUCGAGCGCGGCAUGACCGCAGGGAAGGGCAAGGACCAUGAGGAGGGCAAGGAUGAGUGA